GUUUGUUUUCAAACUCAAAAUUGUCCCUGUGUUUGUGUUCGAGUUAAAUGAUGAGAAUUUCUGUUUGAUUUUUCGUAAGUUGGUUACUCUGAAUUUGCCGAAAAAAAUGGCAUCAAAGAAAAAAAUAUUACCAACAAGUUUUUCCGAUGAUUAUAUUGAUAUUAUAACGAAUGAAUCGAAUCAACAUUUUCGACAACAACAACAACAAUUAUAUCAUAAUCAACAACAACAACGAAGAUCACAACCACAAAUAUUACCCAUCGAAUCAUAUUCACCACCACCAUUAUUAUCAACAGCAAAACAUCCAACAUUUAAUCGUCGAAAUAUUCAUAUUCGUCAACAGAUUGCUAGACAUUCACAUUUCCCAUCAUAUUAUACAUUGAAUUCUUUGUAUUCGAAACCAAAUUUUUUACGAGAAUUUGCUGAUGUUCAUGAAACUGAACAAGGUUUAAUAAAUUUAUUAACCGAUUUUCAUGAAGGUAAAAUUAAUGCAUUUGGUGAAAAUAUUACACUGGAAAAUAUGAUUAAAGUACGUGAACAACAAGAAAAUUUGGCACGUUUACAUUUCGAAAUGAAUAAUCAACAAUCAAACAAACAAUCCACAAUUGAUUGUUCAUCACCUGCAAUAUUGAUUGGUAAUCAAACAUCAUCAUCAUCAUCAUCAUCAACACCAAUAUUACCAUCAUUAACAUCAUCAAUUGAUCAACAUUAUCGAGGAUAUCGAUUGGAAAGUCAAUCAUCAUUAGCAAAUGAAUCGAAUCCAAUAUCGUCAGCUUCGAAUGUUCAUACGAUGAUGAUGACCACAACGACGACGACAACAACUACGACGCCUACAAUAAAAACAAAUUCAAAUUCAUCACCAAGAAUUAUUGUUUCGAUGGAAGAAUCAUUACAAUCAUCAUCUUCAUCACCCGUUUCAACAUCACCACAACCAAAUGGUUCGGAUCAAACAAUUAUAUUUGGUAAACCAUUUUCCAAAAGUAAUAUGAUUAAAUUAAUACAAAAUCUACAAAAUCUUUGUGAAUCAAUUGAACUUUUGCAAUCCAAAAAUCAUAAUUCAAUCGAUUGAAUUCUACAUUUCACAUUCACAUUAGUGCAAUAUAACUUUGAAACCCGAAAAAAGUUAAAUAAAUCUUUGUUUCUUUGUUCCCCUGUU